AAGACAGCGCUGUUCAGCGGGAAUGGCAGAGACCGUUCGCUCGCUUUUUGAAUACCGGGAGCCGCCGACGCUGGACAGCGACGGAGAGAGCAGCAAACCGCCGCGAGGACGUGGCUGUAGAAGGAAAAGGAAAGGGACACCAGUGAAGGUGUGUGACAGAGUAUUUGCUGCAGAGGAUGAGGAGGAGAGCAUGUCUGAGCACAGCUAUGGACACGAGAAAGGUGAUGGUCGUGAUGGAGCAGAGAAUAGACACAGAGUGCCUGGAGUUGUUGGACAAUUCUAUGAAACACAAUCUGCUCAGCACUGUGUGAGUGAUGUGGUUGUGGAAGGCUCUAGUGGAGGGAGGGGGACCGUUUCUUACCCCCCACCACCAAACUGUCGCAUUCGUGAAGUGCACUGUGGCAAUCAAGUACGGCUGAUCGUCAUAGCGAUCCGCGACAUUGCUAAAGGGGAGGAGAUCACAGUGGACUACAGUCUGACGGAGUGGAGAGAAAAUGCAGUAGGUUUCCAUGGCACUGUGCAUCCUAGUAGUUUUGAGGGCAGCUCUGACCAUGAAAGCAAUGUUAAAAAGGAGGAGGAGUCCGCUCCAGUGCCACUUUCUCUUCCUGUGUCGGAAUACCUCACCCCUUCCUGGUCUCUCUCUCCUUCCUCCUCUCCUCUCUCUCACUCGGAGCCCAGUGACCGCGACUCGGAUGAUGCCAAUAGAGAGACGCGUAUGCGAACACCUUACCACCACAAGAAGCAUAAAGCCUCCACCACUCCGGCCGCACAUACCAAAAGAAAACCACAUCAGAUACUCCCCAAUCAUCCUCCCUUAUUUCCUUGCUCCCUCCUGUCCUCCCCUCUGCAGCCCUCUGCUUCUUGCAGACCUGUGUUUAAGUGCCCGGCACCUGCAGGAGUUCCUGUUAAUAGUGUCAGUGUGGCAGUGGGUCGUGGACAGAGUGCCAUGGCACAGAAACAGUGCUGUAUUUACUGCGGCCGUCACUUCCGAUCUCUCCCACGGCAUCUGGCAAAACACCACGCCCACCAACCAGAUGUGCGCUCUGCCCUGAAGCAAGUGCACUCCUCUGGCAAUCCUCCUCAUCUACAGGCUUCCCUCCCAUCAUCAUCUCCUUCCAGCAAGCAUUCCCAAGAGACUCCUGUGCCAGGUGUGGUGGUGGGAGCACCACAGUCUCCUCCCCCUCCUUCAAUGUCUCCAGUUAGAAAAAGCCCUGCCCUCUCUAGCCCUACUCGCAAAUGUUCUGCCCUGCCCCCAACGACCCCACCCAGAAGGGGAGGUGUUCCAGUGUCUGUGUUAAAAAGGAGCCCACCUACUCCCGUGACUCCCCCCAGGAAAGCAGUGCGAAGAGUGAAAAAAGAGAAAGAGGUUGUAGAUAUUUUUGAGAAUAUGAAAGAAGAAGUGCCAACUCCAGUGUUUGUGGAGCAGGUGAAGGAGCCGGAGUCAGAGCAACUGAAAGAAGAGGGAGAGGAGAAUGGAGGUAGAGAGGAAGAAAGUGGAGCAGAGGAUAAUACAGACUUAUCAAGUUCGCAUCAUCCCCACAUGCUACCUCUUCUAUCCUCCCUCUCCUCCCUGGUGUUGUACCUGCGGCGCCUGCAGCACUCUGCCUUCAUCUCUCUCUCUCGCUCACCUCAAUCAGCCGAGGCCUGGCGCCUCCUCUGUCAUUCCAGCCUGGCACUUCUCAUCCUCUACAACCGUCGGCGUGAAUGUGAAGUCUCCAAACUCACCAUCUCUGAAUACCAGGCCCGCGUCACACCCCAGAUCCCCAUCCCUGUGCCGCCCGGAGCCCCGCCGGCUCUCACUCCACUCGAGGCAUCACUCUCCCCCUUCGAGCGGAUGGUCCUCCCCCAUCUCCCUCGUGUUGGGGUACGGGGGAAGCGGGGCCGCGUGCAGCCUCUCAUCCUUCCACCGCACUCUGAAGCCUGUCUGGAGAUGCUUCUGCAGACACGUGCCGGUGUGGGCAUUGAUCCCCAGAAUCCCUACAUCUUUGCCCGGCCAUUCCAUUCUCCAGCCACUCCGCUGAGAGGAACAGACUUACUGCGCAGCCUAGCCCGGUCCAGUGGUACUUGGCACCCACGUGCCCUAACGCAGAUGAGUGUACGCAGGCAGGUGGCGAUACUUACACAGUUGCUGUUGUUAAAUGAAGUCGAGGAGGAGGGGCAGCAAGGGGCUGCCACAGAAAGAUUGGAAAGCUUCCUUCAGAAAGAGUAUCAUGUGACGCAAAGCUGUGCAACCAUUGGACAGAACCCUGGGCUGAUGGGGCUGAUUGGUCGGGUAGUACUAUGUGGAGAGAGAGAUGGCGUCUUGUUCCGAGGAACGAGUUUGCAUCAUAUCUGUCUGGAGUUAGAUGUGUUGUCAGGGAACUCUGCAGACUCACUGUCAGAGGAGUCAGAUGUUGAGCAUAGUAAAGAGAAAUCAAAGGCAGCUUCUCCAACAACCACCAUCAUGAUGAAGAAAACAACAUGCAACAGCAAAUCGCCCCAACCCAAAAAGAUGAGCAGCAUCUCCCCGCUCUCAUCAGGACGUAAAAGGACCUCAGGACAGCCUAAGCCUGGUAAACGUGGCGUGCUGAAGCGGCCUUGGUCUGAGGCAGAGCGGGCAGCUGUGGAGUCCCACCUAGUGCAGAAUAUCAUGGAGCUGCGUGUGCCUGCGAAAGCAGAUUGUGAACGCUGUCUGGAGCUCUGCCCUCUGCUGGUCACUAACCGCCGCGAUUGGAGAGCUGUUAAAUUCUACUGCCACAACCGUAUCCAGCUGCUCAAGAAAACCCAGCAGAGGCAGGGCCCGCCAUCCCUGUCUGUCUGUUGAGGCGGCCCAUCAGUUGGCAGCUAGGGAGGGUUGUACAAUAUUAGGUGGCGUAUGAGGAAUGUGUGGAGGUGCUCGAUGAAAAUAUUUACAUGGUACAGACACUUUAAACACCACAUAAAGAAGGCUUUAAUUGAUGUGAUGUAAUGUAUUAUGUGAUAUGUGUUCAGUGUAUAAAACAUAAAAAUGGUACCUUUGGAACAGAGCCACUCUUGGUAGCAGAGGAAAUUCAGUUUGUUUUGCAUACUAAUGUCAUGACUAUGACAAAAGAACACUAGUUUUUGUCUGCAUAUUCAGCAGGAGUUUUGCUGUUAAUGGUUUGAAAGUAGAUUAAAAAAUGUUGACCAGUUAAAAGUCUUAAUGCUUUCUGGUGUCUUUUUAGCCAUAUAUCAAUUGUAUCAAGAUUGAAAAACAGGCAAACUGGGCAACUUGUGCUUUGAAGGGAGUAAAACAUCAAUCUCAUUCACACCUGUAGUGACCUAUCUCUACUACAUGUGGAAAAUAUAAUGAGAAAAUUAAGCUAUAAGAAGCUAAAUGGAUAAUAAAAAGUGUGCAGAGAACACAAAAUCUCAUCAAAGUUAAUUUUUAUCUGACUGAAAUGACAAAGGUCUCUGAAACCAACUCAAAUUUCAACAUUCAGCAUCAUAUUCUGCUGAGCAUUAACCUUUUAUUUUCUUAAUUUGUAAUGUUGUAUUGUAAACAUAUGAUAACCACACCUAACACCUCAGCUUGUACUUUAUUUAAUGAUUUUAUUCUUUGCUGUUUUGUUAUCUGUCCUUUCGGUCAUUGUAAUGUACAUAUAUACACAUAUAUAUUCAUUACUAUUUAUAGUAGUAUUGUUGUUACUAUUAAAACGUACUGUGGCAAGCGUUUUUUCAUUUCCACUUUCAUGUAAAUAUUGAAUGUAAAUAUUUGCAGAAAAAAAGUAGCAAAAAUACAAAGAGCAUUGUGAAUAUACAUUGUAAUCAAGCCAAACAUGUUUUUGUGUCGUCUGUGUUUUUCUAAGUUGUCUGAAGUUAUAAUUAAAAAGUUUUGUUUGUAAUUCUA